CGACCUUCACUCGAUUCCAAGGGACCAGGAAGUAGCAGACUCAGCCAGUUCGGUUACACCAAUUAACCUCUUUAAGUAGUGCAUCAAUUCUCGGAUCAUCUUCCUCCUUCUCCUCUCAAUCUCCGAAAAAUUUCCUGUUCCAUUUACUUUUUCCAAUUCCAAAUAAUCAGAAGCCAAAAAAGGAAAUUACCCAGAAAGCACAAAGUAAUAUUACCAUAUUUUUAACUCUCUUGUCAGGCUCGCCAGCACCGAACCCACCGACAAAGUGUGAAAAGAAAUUUCUCUGAAAAAACGCUGCUUUUUCUUCAAACUUGCCGCCUUUAGGCUGCUUUCAUUGUCUAUAUGAGGCGAGGCAUAUUUGAGAGAGAUUAGUUACAAUAUUGCGAUUUUAGAAGGUGAAAAUGGAGAGCUAUAUUUUGAAUGACUUUGAAGUGAAACCGAAGCACUCGUCUGAAGAGGCGCUUCAGAAAUGGAGGAAGCUGUGUGGAUUUGUGAAGAACCCGAAGCGGAGGUUUCGUUUUACGGCCAAUCUCUCGAAGCGAUACGAAGCUCAGGCUAUGCGCCGUACCAACCAGGAGAAGUUAAGGGUUGCUGUUUUAGUUUCCAAAGCUGCAUUUCAAUUUAUCCAAGGCGUGCAACCAAGUGACUACACUGUACCUGAGGAAGUAAAAGCUGCAGGUUUUGGAAUUUGUGGUGAAGAAUUGGGAUCUAUUGUUGAAGGUCAUGAUUUGAAGAAGCUGAAUAUUCAUGGUGGAGUAGCUGGUAUUGCAGAAAAGCUCUCCACUUCAACCCUCAAUGGGCUUACUACUGAUAGUAACUUGCUGAAUCGCAGACAGGAGAUAUUUGGAAUUAAUAAAUUUACUGAGAGUGAAGGGCGGAGUUUCUUGGUAUUUGUUUGGGAAGCCCUUCAAGACAUGACUCUUAUGAUCCUUGGAGUAUGUGCUUUUGUGUCUUUGCUCGUUGGCAUAGUUAUGGAAGGAUGGCCAAAAGGGGCUCAUGAUGGCCUAGGAAUAGUUGCAAGCAUCUUGUUGGUUGUUUUUGUCACCGCAACAAGUGAUUAUCGUCAAUCUUUACAAUUCAAGGAUUUGGACAAGGAAAAAAAGAAGAUUGCUAUUCAGGUUACGAGAAAUGGAUAUAGGCAGAAGAUGUCAAUAUAUGACUUACUUCCUGGUGAUAUUGUACAUCUUGCUAUCGGUGACCAAGUCCCUGCAGAUGGAGUAUUUGUUUCAGGUUUUUCUGUGUUAAUUGAUGAAUCAAGUUUAACUGGGGAGAGCGAGCCAGUAAUGGUGACUGCGGAUAAUCCUUUUCUUCUAUCUGGAACUAAGGUUCAGGAUGGAUCAUGCAAGAUGAUGGUUACUACUGUUGGGAUGAGGACCCAAUGGGGAAAAUUGAUGGCAACUCUUAGUGAAGGUGGAGAUGAUGAAACCCCAUUGCAGGUAAAAUUGAAUGGAGUGGCAACAAUCAUCGGUAAGGUUGGACUUUUCUUUGCCAUUGUGACUUUUGCAGUGUUGGUGCAAGGAUUGAUGAGCCGUAAAUGGCAAGAUGGAACUUACUUGAGGUGGUCUGGAGACGAAGCUUUGGAAAUGUUGGAAUUUUUCGCCGUUGCUGUUACAAUUGUUGUUGUUGCUGUUCCAGAAGGGCUUCCAUUGGCUGUAACAUUGAGCCUUGCCUUUGCCAUGAAAAAGAUGAUGAAUGAUAAAGCACUUGUGCGCCAUUUGGCAGCAUGUGAGACUAUGGGAUCAUCCACAUGUAUUUGCAGCGACAAAACUGGUACACUAACUACCAACCAUAUGGCAGUUGUAAAAUCUUGCAUUUGCAUGAAUGUCAAGGAAGUGAACAAACCUCUUGAUGCUUCCAGCUUGUGCUCUGAACUCCCAGAUUCUGCCGUGAAAAUUCUGCUACAAUCAAUAUUUAAUAAUACUGGAGGAGAAGUUGUUGUAAACAAAAGUGGCAAAUCUGAGAUACUGGGAACACCCACUGAUACUGCUUUGUUGGAGUUUGGCUUGUCACUUGGUGGGAAUUUUCAUGCUGAGAGACAAGCAUCUAAACUUCUUAAAGUUGAGCCGUUCAAUUCUGUGAAGAAACGGAUGGGGGUAGUACUGGAGCUUCCUGAAGGUGGUUUACGAGCCCACUGUAAAGGUGCUUCAGAGAUAAUAUUGGCUACCUGUGAUAAGGUGAUCAAUGCAAAUGGUGAGAUUGUUCCCCUUGAUGAAGCAACCAUUAAUUAUCUUAACGAUACAAUUAAUCAAUUUGCUAACGAGGCACUACGAACUCUCUGCCUUGCUUAUAUGGAACUAGAAAAUGGGUUCUCUGUUGAGAAUCCCAUCCCAGUUUUGGGGUAUACUUGUAUAGGAGUAGUAGGUAUUAAAGAUCCUGUACGUCCCGGUGUUAAGGAGUCUGUUGCAGUUUGCCGCUCAGCUGGAAUUACUGUACGAAUGGUUACAGGAGACAAUAUUAAUACUGCAAAGGCUAUAGCUAGGGAGUGCGGGAUUCUCACAGAUGAUGGUAUAGCCAUUGAAGGUCCAGAAUUCCGGGAGAAAAGUGAGGAGGAAAUGCUCAAAAUAAUUCCUAAACUUCAGGUGAUGGCUCGAUCUUCACCUCUAGAUAAGCAUACUCUAGUGAAGCACUUGCGUACCUCAUUAGGUGAGGUUGUUGCUGUAACUGGUGAUGGAACAAAUGAUGCCCCUGCACUUCAUGAAGCCGAUAUUGGACUAGCAAUGGGCAUUGCUGGGACUGAGGUGGCUAAAGAAAGUGCUGAUGUGAUAAUUCUGGAUGAUAAUUUCUCCACGAUUGUGACAGUUGCCAAAUGGGGACGCUCAGUUUACGUAAAUAUUCAAAAAUUUGUACAGUUCCAGCUGACUGUUAAUGUGGUUGCAUUGAUUGUCAACUUCUCUUCAGCUUGUCUAACAGGAACUGCACCCCUCACAGCUGUUCAGUUAUUAUGGGUCAACAUGAUCAUGGAUACAUUGGGAGCACUUGCACUUGCAACUGAGCCUCCAAAUGAUGACCUGAUGAAGCGUGCACCAGUUGGAAGGAAAGGGAACUUUAUCAGUAAUGUCAUGUGGAGGAAUAUCUUAGGGCAAUCUAUAUAUCAGUUUGUGGUAAUUUGGUUGCUUCAGUCAAAAGGAAAAGGGAUAUUCGGUCUUGAAGGCCCAGAUUCUGAUCUGAUCCUGAACACACUUAUUUUCAACUCAUUUGUCUUUUGCCAGAUUUUUAAUGAAGUAAGCUCACGUGAGAUGGAGGAAAUAGAUGUUUUCAAAGGCAUACUGAAUAACUAUGUUUUCGUGGCCGUCCUCAGUUGCACUGUAAUCUUCCAAAUCAUAAUAAUUGAGUUCCUGGGAACGUUUGCAAACACAACGCCUCUCACUUUUGCACAGUGGUUCCUUAGUGUAUUCAUUGGAUUUUUGGGCAUGCCAAUUGCUGCUGGCUUAAAGAUGAUCCCUGUAUGAGCCACAUGGGUCAGAGAUUCCAUUCUUUCAAAAAUAAAUUUGUAGAGCAUUUCCAUCCAGAGUGUUAAAUGUCAUUAUGUAAGCAUAUUUUAGCAUUAAGGCAUUAAAAGUAAAUAACAUCGGUCUUGUAAAAUUGUAAAAUUCUUUGGCAUUGUGCCCAGCAUUGUAGCACCAUCUUAAAACAAAAUAAUACUGUAUUUUUUUUAUUCCAUGUAUUUAAUGUAUCUGUCACUUUCUCUCUCUUCA